CAGAACCAAAUUAAAAAAUUGACUUCUAAAAUUCCGACAGGCGUCACUCGAUCUUAUUAACUUGUUAUACAUUUUGUAGGAAUAGAAGUCAAAACAAUAUAAAGUGCAUCGUAAAUGUUAAAUGCUGAUCAGAAAAUGGGCACCCGAUCAGGCAAUAAAAUAAAACUACGCAAUCCAGCGUUUAAGUGCGAUAUUUGCUGUCGUAGGUUGAUGAGCGCUGAAGCUCUUAAAACACAUCAAAUGUGCGUACACAGUGUAACAAAUAAAGUGAAAGCCAAAACUGCAUCUAAACAGGUAGUUAUGAAACCGAAGGUGCAGGCACAAGCUAUAAAGAAUGUAAAACUAGUAAACCCAAAGUCUGCUCCGACGAAGAAAAUUGUCAACAAUAAACCAGCGAACAAAAUCACAGAGAAAACGGGAAAAGGUGCAACUAAGACUAUUGACACUGGCGAGGAAUACGAAUGUCCGAAAUGCUUCAAGAAUUUCAAUACUUAUUUCUUAGCACAUCGACAUAUACAGAAGCAUCACUCUGUAAACAACAAUAAUGAAGAAGUGUCUCCAAAUUCUCCAAACAUAAUAAAGCCCAAUGUAAUUUUGAUUUGUGUUAAAUGUAACCGACGGCCAAAAUCAUUAGAGAAUCAUAAAUGUACGACGUAUAAAUUCGAUGAAUCGUCGUUUACAUCGAAGUAUAUUUGCAUGGGAUGUAACGAGCAAUUCCAAAGUUUGAGGUUAUUCGAUGUUCAUGUAUCUGGUUUACAUUGUGAUGGAGUUGAAAGCAUGUUCUUCCCAACAAAUGAAGUGUACCUAUCAUGGAAGGAUGAUGUAAUGAAAAAGACCGGAGUAAAAUAUGUAAUGGAAAAAAAUAAUAGUAAACAAAUGUUGCGUUGUCCGUGCAUACCGUCUGAUGUUAAUGACGAUGUUACUCCAUACAUAUGUCCAUCUUGUAUCGUAGUACAAGAAUUACCAAAAGGUAUACAAGUACAUUUUUAUAAGAACCAUUACGGACAUAAAUGUGGUAAAUACGAUUUACCUGAUAAAUAUAAGAAAUUUACUCUGUCCACGUUAAUACAAAAUGAAGAAGCAUAUACAGAAAUCGAUGAGACGACGGAAACGGAAAUCUACCAUCAAUUCAAACAAUUAAUGCAUGCAAUAAUUGAAGAUGCUGCUAAAAUUAGAAUUGAUCAAAUGAAAAUAUUAUUAAAAAAAGCUUUAGAUAUGACUACAGUUUUCAGUAAUGAGGUAGAUGAAAAAAAAUUCAUGUCAAUGAAAUUAGUAUUGGAAAAUAAUAUUACGGGACUUUUAAAUAUAGACAAUCAAGGUAAAAGAAAAAAUGUAUCAAACGAUAAAAUAGCUGAAACUGUGACGAAAAGAUUUAAAACAAGAAUGUAUCAGAAAGAUGAAGCAAACGUCAAAGAUAAUGCAGUAAUUAAAAUUGUCAAUUCAUACUCUUUGGCACAAGAAGAGAUAAUGCGUGUGAUAAAUGAAGGCAACACUGAAGAAAAUAAAGCCAUUGAUACUCCAGAAGAUGCAACAGAUUCAAAAUUAAAAAAAACUCAAGAUACAACAGAUAAAAAAUCAAAUAAAGAUGAUACAUUAAAAUUGAAUAGGAAACAAUUGGAAUCACCUUCUUCGUUCGCUGACUCUUACAAAGUAUUUGUUGAACAGUUAUCGGAACCUGGUCCACCGAGACAUAAAAAGAAAUCCAAUGUCGAUAAACAAAUCAUGAAUAUCUCGAUACCAAAUGUCACUACUGAAAUUCUUAUAAAGGAUGAAAUACCAAAGAUUCAAACACCGGAAAUAAAAAAAGAGCUUACAAUAUCAAGACCAAAAGAAUAUAAAUAUGAAGUGAAAGAACAAGAAAACGAUUGUAAUAUAUUAAUUCUUAAAUUUUGAAAUCUCUAUAUAAAUGCGAAAGUUUGCAUGGAUCUUUGUAGCCGAAAGCUGGAAAAUACAUAGGCUACUUUUGUUUUUUAAAUCCACGUGGUUGGAGUCGCGGGCGAAAGCUGGUUUACAUAUAUUACAUUGGUUUACUAUAUGACAUUUAAUUCUUUACACACAUUGAGGAAACAAUUACAUAUACAUGUUAAAACCGUGGUAUUGUUUAUUUACGCCAUUUUGCUGACUCCCUGUUAGUAAAAAAGUGACUUCACACCAUCAUAAAGUUUGAAUCUUGUAAUACUUCUUUUUUAAAACAGUUAAUCAGUACCUUUGGUGAUAUGGUUAGGUUUUUACAUUUUUUUUAUUUCAUUUAUGUAUAGUUGUUUUUUUAAAAUAUAAAACCAGCGCUUGACUACAAUUCCACCUAAACUAAGUGAAAGUGUGGUCGAAGGAUGUUAAUUAAAAUGUUUAAUCUAUUAUGGUAGUUAAUUGUUUUUUUUCAAUGUUUUUACACUUUCCAUCUUUAUAGAAGAGAAUCACGAUAAUAAAUAAAAAAACCUAAAUUUUUGACUAAAAUGUUGUAAUAUCUUUCUAACUUUUUCAUAUUUUCAUGAAAAUAUUCCGGAAGUAUAUUGGAUUGGCGGUAAUUUGUUCUCAUUAAGACAAAUCGAUGUUCGUUCGGAAAUAUUGUACUUGUAAUUAUAGUUAAAAAUAAUUUGUAUUAGUCAACUUUAAGGUAAAUUAUGUUUCAGUUUAAAUAUGUAUAUGUAUUUUAAUAUUACAUG